CUCCGGCUGUGACCUUAUGUAUUGUGUUUUGCUGCUGGAAUCUCCCCUGCCACCCACACCCCACAGGAUGAUAUGAGACUUGAAAGAAGACGAUGCAUACAGGAGGAGAGACUUCAGCAUGCAAACCUUCAUCUGUUCGGCUUGCACCGUCAUUUUCAUUCCAUGCUGCUGGCCUUCAGAUGGCUGGACAGAUGUCCCAUUCACAUCAGCAGUACAGUGAUCGUCGGCAGCAGAACAUAAAUGACCAACAGGUUUCUGCCUUAUCGUAUACUGACCAGGUUCAACAACCUCUAACUAACCAGGUGAUUCCUGAUAUUGUCAUGUUACAGAGGCGGAUGCCCCAAACUUUCCGUGAUCCAGCUACUGCUCCCCUGAGGAAACUCUCCGUUGAUCUGAUCAAAACAUACAAACAUAUUAAUGAGGUUUACUAUGCAAAAAAGAAGAGGCGGCACCAACAAGGCCAAGGAGAUGAUUCCAGUCAUAAAAAGGAACGGAAAGUUUACAAUGAUGGCUAUGAUGACGACAACUAUGAUUAUAUUGUAAAAAAUGGGGAAAAGUGGAUGGAUCGUUAUGAAAUUGACUCUUUAAUAGGCAAAGGAUCCUUUGGGCAGGUUGUAAAGGCCUAUGAUCGCGUGGAACAAGAGUGGAUUGCUAUUAAAAUUAUAAAGAAUAAGAAGGCUUUCCUAAAUCAAGCCCAGAUUGAAGUACGGCUUUUGGAGCUUAUGAACAAACAUGACACUGAAAUGAAAUACUAUAUAGUGCAUUUGAAACGCCACUUUAUGUUCCGAAACCAUCUCUGCUUAGUUUUUGAAAUGUUGUCCUACAAUCUUUAUGACCUAUUGCGGAACACCAACUUCAGAGGUGUUUCACUGAACCUGACACGGAAGUUUGCACAGCAGAUGUGCACUGCGCUGCUUUUCCUCGCGACUCCUGAACUUAGUAUCAUUCACUGUGACCUAAAACCGGAGAAUAUCCUGCUCUGUAACCCCAAACGAAGCGCUAUCAAGAUUGUUGAUUUUGGCAGUUCUUGCCAACUUGGGCAGAGGAUAUACCAAUAUAUCCAGAGUCGUUUUUAUAGAUCUCCAGAGGUGCUACUGGGAAUGCCUUAUGACCUUGCAAUUGACAUGUGGUCCCUUGGGUGUAUUUUAGUUGAAAUGCACACUGGAGAACCUCUAUUUAGUGGAGCAAACGAGGUGGAUCAAAUGAAUAAAAUAGUGGAAGUUCUGGGCAUAGCACCUGCUCACAUUCUUGACCAAGCACCAAAAGCAAGAAAGUUCUUUGAGAAGUUGCCAGAUGGCACUUGGAACUUAAAGAAGACCAAAGAUGGAAAAAGGGAGUAUAAACCACCUGGAACUCGCAAACUUCAUAAUAUACUUGGAGUUGAAACGGGGGGACCAGGUGGACGACGAACUGGGGAAUCGGGUCAUACUGUAGCUGACUACUUGAAAUUCAAAGACCUCAUCUUAAGGAUGCUUGAUUAUGACCCCAAAACCCGAUUUCAACCUUAUUACGCCCUGCAGCACAGUUUCUUUAAGAAAACAGCAGAUGAAGGUACAAAUACAAGUAACAGUGUGUCUACAAGUCCUGCCAUGGAGCAGUCUUCAGGAACCACCUCUAGCACAUCUUCAAGCUCAGGUGGAUGUUCUCGGAUAAACAACACUGGAAGGGCUCGGUCAGACCCUACACAUCAGCAUCGACAUAGUGGUGGACAUUUCACUGCUGCUGUCCAAGCUAUGGACUGUGAAACACACAGUCCACAGGUUCGACAGCAGUUUCCUCCUCCACUUGGUUGGACAAGCACUGAAGCUCCUACGCAGGUCACUGUUGAAACCCAUCCAGUUCAAGAAACCACCUUCCACGUAACCCCUCAACAACAGAAUGCAUUACAUCACCACCAUGGAAAUAGUUCCCACCAUCACCAUCAUCACCACCAUCCCCACCACCAUCAUGGACAGCAAGCCUUGGGUAACCGGACCAGGCCAAGCGUCUACAAUUCUCCAACAAAUAGCUCCUCCACCCAGGAUUCUAUGGAGGUGGGCCAUAGUCACCACUCCAUGACAUCUCUGUCUUCCUCAACUACUUCUUCCUCUACAUCUUCCUCCUCUACUGGUAACCAAGGCAAUCAAGCCUAUCAGAACCGCCCAGUGGCUGCUAAUACGUUGGACUUUGGACAAAAUGGAGCUAUGGACGUGAAUUUAACAGUUUAUUCUAAUCCGCGCCAGGAGACUGGCAUAGCUGGACAUCCAACAUACCAGUUUUCUGCUAAUACAGGUCCUGCUCAUUACAUGACUGAAGGACAUCUUGGAAUGAGGCAAGGAAUUGAUAGAGAAGAAUCUCCCAUGACAGGAGUUUGUGUUCAGCAAAGUCCUGUAGCUAGCUCGUGACUAAACUGAAACUAAGUUUGUUUCUUGUGUGUUUUUAUAGAAGUGGUGUUUUUCCAAAAACAAAGUGCAAAGCUG